GCCGAUCGAUCUGUCGAUCAGCCUGUCCAUCUAUCGACUCGCAUCGAUCUGCCUUCGAAGCCAUCCAGCUGCAUCCAUCGAUCUGCCACCUGGAUCGUCAGCGUUCCUCUCUGAUCGCAUCCCGCCUCCAGAUCAUCUCCAGCAUCCCGCUGCAUCGCUGUUCCCCCGAGCCUGCACAACCAACCCGAAAUGACGCACACCGACCAGAACUGGGACCAAGCCAUCGAGUCUCUGACACAGAAGAUCGAAGCAUCCAGCAUCAUCGGUCCCGAGGUGUUCCUGGAGCGAGCUGCUGCCUAUGAGAAGCGCGAACAAUACGAUGCCGCCCUCAACGACGCCAGAACAGCCAUCUCCAUCGACCGACAGAACAAGGCCGCUAUCGAGACCAUCCAGCGAAUUCUCAAGGCGUCGGUCCAGAAGACCUCGGCCGACUCAGCAUCGCCAGUGUUGCUGCUCUCCAGAAGCUGUGUGCGCGAAGACGACCUCGAGUCUGUGACGAACCCUCAGUCCCCACAAUAUCGCGAGCGUUUUGCAUCCGUCCAGCGCCUCGCUAUGCUCACCAGCGACGAGGACGUGGCCAAACGGCUGGUCAAGGACGGCGGCAUCGACGUCCUCAUCCCGACCUUCUUUCGCGAGCGAGAGCUGCUGGGUGAAAAGGCCGCGCCAUCCAUCCAAGCAGGCCUUCUCAAAGUCUUGCUGAAUCUCUCGAGCAUCAGCGAGCACGGGCCGAUCAUGCUGUCGUUUUUCACCAGCGACAACAUCGCGGUAUUCACUGGAAGCAAAGUCGUUGCCACCGUCCAUAUGGCAUGCGAUGUGCUCGCCCAGGUCGUCCUCAACUCGAUUCCCAGUCUCACCAGCGCCUCGCUCGCCGACUCGGCCGUCGCCAUCGUCAAGCGCCUCUGCUACUUUCUCCAGCCCGAGUUUGACGAGUCGCUGCGUGUUGCCGGCGUCAACGGCAUCAUGAAGGCCAUCGGAAACAGUGACUUGGCCUGGCUGUUUGUCCAGGCGAAGGAGUUUGAGAGUGUACUCCAACUCGUUGAUUCGCCCGGCAUCCGGCUGCCAUCGCUUGUUCCCGUGGCCCUGGGUCGAUUCAUUGAGCUUAUCGAUAGCUCCAAGCACAGCGCCGUCCAAGCCAACCUGCAAAAGUACAUCACGGCCUGGCUGGACUCUGGCAAGCUUGCUGAUCGAACUCGCGGCCUUCGUGUCCUGUCGGCGCUUUUCCAGGCCAACAGCAGCUUCGGAAGCACGGUAUUUCAUAGCAGCGGAGUUAUAGAGCAGAUUCUCGACUGCCUUGAGUUUGAAACCCAGUCCGAGGCCAUUCAGAUCGCCGCACUCCAUGUUCUUGUCGACGCCUGCAACGAAAAGUCAUGCCGCGGCAUGAUCGCGACCAACUUUGCCCGUCAUGUCCAGCAGCUGUCGUCGCACCCGAACCAAGAGAUCCAGAUCACCGCAGCGGCAAUUUCGAUCAAGCUGUCGCUUGGUGAAAAGGGUGUUGAAGCGAGCCCCUCUCAGCUCGACCACCAGGCGAGGCUAUUGAUGUCAUCUUUUGUCGAUGUGGCUUGCCCAGCUGUGACAAAGUCAAACGCGCUGGAAGCUCUCGCCUAUCUGUCGCUCUACCCACCCGUCAAGGAGGCCGUCUGCAAUAGCACCGAGUUCCUCAAGCGGCUCUUUGACUUUAUCAAGUCCGAGGACCGGUUCAAUCAAUACGGUGCUGUGACUGUGCUUGUCAACCUCAGCAACUACCGAAAGCGGCUUUCAGAGGAGGAGGAGCAGGUCAUGAAGCUCAAGAAAAUGUCCGGAGAGCCCCAGGGCGUUCUCAACAACGAGAGCCCGCUGGACGAUGAUCCUCGUGUCGAAAAGCGGUGUGCCACGCUGGUCAAGGCCGGAGCCAUCACAGCACUGGUAACGCUCUCCGGCUCGCCGAGCCCAAGUGUUCGCGACAGUGUCUGCCAAGCACUGCUCAACCUCGCAGUCGACAAGCGGAACCGCGGCUUCAUGGUUCAGCAAGGCGCCGUCAAAGCACUCAUGGCCUUGACAAGCACAGCGUCGCCGGACGGCAUCGCAGUGGCUUCCCAGGCGCUCGCCAAGAUUGCCAUCACCACGGAUCCCAAUCUAGCUUUCAAGGGCCAGCGUGCCGUUGAGCUGGUGCGACCCCUGAUCAACCUCUGCAAAGGCGACAACGAGCUGCGACAAUUCGAGGCCCUGAUGGCACUCACUAACCUGGCGAGCAUGGGCGGAGAUGUUCUGGACCGCAUCGUCGAAGUCAAGGGCAUCCGCGACAUCCAGCAUCUGCAGUUUUCGGAUCACGAACUUGUCCGCAGGGCUGCUACCGAGGCUCUCUGCAACGCCAUAUGCCAUCCCGCCGUUUUCGAGUCCUAUGCCAUCCCAAGCGCUCGAGAGUCCAAUCUCAAGGUGAUGGUGGCCCUCUCCGACGUCCCGGACUUUGAAACCCGCCGUGCCGCCUCGGGUGCCCUUGCGAUCCUGAGCUCGGACUCGCGCGUGGUUGACUAUUUCAUCACGGAGCCGUCUGGUCGCCCCCUCGAGGUUCUUGCGGCGCUGAUUGAUGAUGACCCGGACACCGAAAGCAGCGCCGAUGCGGAUGCCGAUGCGGAUACCAAUGCGGAUACCAAUGCCGAUGCAGGCACCCCCUAUCGUCUUUCCGAGUCCGAGCGCGGCGAGCUGCAGCACCGUGCGAUCGAGUGCCUGCGCAACUGUGCAAAGUCUGGGCGCGCGGCGGUCGUCAAAAUGCUUGAGACUGGCGUAGUCCCCAAAAUCAUCAAGUUGCUCAAGCUGGAGAAUCCGGCCGUGGUCGAAGCCACUGUCGAGACACUGAUGGUGCUCAAGUCGGAGGCGGCGAAGCUCAAGGGCGGCGUCGAUAUCUAAAUGCGACGGUUUGUUGCGGACGGAGAUACCAGGUGGGUUUUGGCAAUGCGUACUAGAGGCUGGAUGGUGUUCAUCGGCCCGCCGUCCUCCCUCCGUAUUGCGGCUGCACAAUAUAUCUUGGAUCAAUAGAA